CUGCUCUUCGGCUGCAACGUCGCAGCGCUUCAGACCUUCCUGGUCACCAGGACAAUCGCCAUGGCGUCUGUGACUGCCUUGUACAAAGCUGCCGGAUCCGUGUGGGAGUCCAAAGCGGCCCGUCGGUUGCGCAAGAAACUGGAGUUUGAAUUCUUCGUGCUCAUCCUGGGGUGUGGGAAUGGCUUCUGCCUCAUGAUCUUCUGGCCGGGCUGGAUGCUCGUCGGAUUCGCC